AUGGCAAACAACAAUCACAACCCUGGGCCCGGAGGUGCUGGUUCGCUGGCGCCGAUUCCCAUUUAUGGCAAUCAGCGUCCUCUUACACAAGACCAUUCUCCUAUCCCUCCUCGUCACCACUCUCAAUCGGUUCCCGCAAACAACGACAAUCCCUUCAAUUUGAGAAGUGCCAAGGGAAGCAAGAAGACGACGCUGGCCCCUGAGGCUGAGGACGAGAAUGUCUUCUCCGACAACUACUUCUCUGUUCCCGGUUUGAGACCCCCUCCUCCUACCAUGAACUCAUACCCAUCGCCGAACACCAACACUACGAGCUACACCCCAUACCGAACUCAGCAAGGCGCCAUGCAGCUGCAGGUACCUUCGGCAUCUCAUGCCAUCAUUGAGAGCUUCUCAGGAUCGGACAAGCAAGACGCCAAGCGCUGGCUCGGACGCUUCGAGAGAGAGCUCCAUCGCACGGGCACAAACACUCCUCUGAUCUGGCUUCAGGAAUUCAAUUAUUCCUUGGAGGGAGAGGCUGCCGAAUGGGCCGAUACCGAUUACCAAGUGUCAUCCAUCUUGUCUAAUGAUGCCAUCGAUGAGCACAAUGCCGCCCACUAUGCUACUAUGGUCCGCAACGCAUUCCUCGAGCGUUUCAAGAGGGUCGCAUCGGAACAGCGCAACCCCAUCCCUGACAUUCAGGAACUGAAACAAGGCCCUGGUGAAACCCUUCGCCAGUAUUACCAGCGAGCUUUCACCCUGCUGUGCAUGGCAGGAGGAGAGGACGACCCCAAUCAUGCCUCCGUGUCAGUCAGGUCCCUGGUACAACUCACAAAGGAGCGCUUCUUGGCAGGCCUUGUCAAUCAUGAUCUUCGUCUUCGCCUCAUACGCUUACCAUCCCAGACGGCCUCUCAGACACUGGGGGGAGUCCUGGCGGACGCAGAGGCCUGCAUCAGACAGAUGAAUGUCGAGAAGAAGUGGCAAGAGGAGAGCGAGCGCGAGUCCCAAAGACUCGUCCUACAUGAAUUCGCCACCAACAUGAUGAGAGGAGGAAAGUGUUCCAACGACGUCAUCGAGAUGUUCAAGGCCCAUGGCAUCUCAGUCGAAGGUGCGAAGACGGCAACCAUCCCUCAUCGCCCUGCUCAGCCCCAGGCCUCGCAAGGCCAGCAAUGGAAGCCUGCUGAAUCCUCGUCAGCUGCAGUCCAGAGCGUGGUGGCACAACCUGGUCCUCGCAGCGCGACACCCCAUUCGUCAAGCAAGGCAUCAUCUGGACCGGAUGACCUGGCGUGGCAGCACGCUCGGGAGGUGUGCACCGCCAUGUUCCCCACCUUUGACCCCUUCACGUCGGCAUGUCCUUAUGUCACCGGACAGCGUCGCCAUCAGCACUCGAAUGGAAACCCUCUCUGUUGCGGGUGCGGCACACCGGGUCACAUCAAGACUGUCUGUGAUCGUGACCAGUUGUCGCCUCCGGAGAUCAAGUUCCUUUACGAAUUCUGUACCAAGGAUGCACAACUCUACAAGGAAGCCAAGGACAAGAGACCUGCCCGGGAGGCUGGCGUGUUGCUGGUUGAUGUGACCUCCAGUGAGGAGGAUCCCGAGUACAUCUGGGAGGACGUUCGGAGUGACUCCCCCACCUCAGUCAAGGUCUUGAACAUCACCGAGGAAGUCGACGUCUUGAUCAAUGGCCAGGAGACGGGUCGCAAGCGUACCCGCCGCAAUCAGCCUGAGGAGGAGGAGGAGGAGGAACAGCCUCCCGCCGAACCUCCCAAGACGCCCGACAAUCGUCCCGUCAAAUCACCCAAGAAGAGAGUGGUCGGCCGCCAGAAGAAGCCCCUCAAUCGCAUCACGGCCAUGUUGACCGAGGCCCCCGUCGAUGUGUUGACCAUCUUGAAGAACUCCAACGUGGUGCUACCCAUCACUCACUUGGCUCAGCUGUCUCCAUACUUCCGUGAUGAGACAAAGAGACUCUUUGGCAUGCCUCGUAACCGUCGCGUGAAGAAGACAGGUCAACCGGCCACUCCGACCGAAGUCAUCAACGUCUCAAACAUUCACUCAGAAGUCCAAGAGAGUAUCCAGAAAUGGAACCAGAGGGACCGCACUCACAGGGCUUUUGGUCUCCCGGCUAAGGUGUGGAUCGACGGUCAAGACAAGGCCAUCGUGAUACCGAGAGAUCACACAGCCGCCGAUCAAGGAUCUGACAUCAACCUCAUCUAUCCUACCCUGAUGAAGGCACUCAAGCUCGAGUAUCUGCCCAUUUCUCAGUUGAACUUACCCAACAUUCGCAUGACCAUGCCGAACGGUGCUCGUUGCGAGCUUAAGUACUGGACUCAUUUCAAUGUCCAAGUUGAGAACAUCACCAGAAGAGUAUGGGCGUUCGUAUGUCCUGAAGAAGGCCGAUCCAUCUCAUUGCUCCUAGGCAUCCCAUACCUGGAGAGCGUGGACGCCCACAUCCGCGUACGCGAGAGCGUUAUAGAGAUAGGAGACAAGAGCAAGGGAGAGAGCGUCACCUCCAUUGCCGCCCCCACACGCAACUCAGUUGCUCCAUUCUUGGAGGCAGUCGAAGCCAAUGCCGUCGAGGGCGACGACUCAUCUGAGGGGGUUGACGACACGUCAGAUGAAGAGUCCGACUCCGACGCUUCCGUAGCUGACUCUGAAUCAUCAGAUGACGCCUCAUCAACAGAGGAUUUUCAGUAA